AAAAGUCUAUGAGAAUAGAGCUUUAAAAUCUAUGGAAAUGGAAACCGAUGCAAGUAGCAGCUAAGAGAAAGAGAUAGAAGAGCCAAAAAAACAGAAAACACCAUCCUCCGACAGUCACUUUACCCAAAGCAAAUGUUGAUACGAAAGUCAAUGAAACAGCAAAACACUUGGAAAUAGUUUAAAACCAGAACAAGAAGAACUACCAACUCUGAUUUCUGUAACGAUUACUUUUGUCUUUUUUGUUGUUUUCUUUUUUUCCUUUUGAAUCAUUUUCCAUACUCCUUUUCAGCUUUCCAAUGGCUUUUCUUCUUCGGGUUCUCUGCUAACUCCCACCAUAUUCGCAUUCAGGGAAAAGAAAAACUAAUUUAGCUGAAAGAGACCAUUUUGUGUCGAUGUAUCAUUGCUGACGAUGUUUUAAGGUUUCAAUUUACAAAUUGGGCUAGCUACAAUAUUUGCAGAUCUCAAUGUUAAAACGAAGCUUGUGGUUAUAUAAACAAAAUUUUGUUAUCUAAGUGCAGUGGAAGAUCCCAAUCUUGGAUUUCAUCCCACUAUUACACAGAAGAUUCAAUAAUGGAUGAUCAAGGUGGUAGCAAGCCGACCGGGAUCCGGCAGAUUGUUAGACUAAAAGAAAUCCUUCAGAAGUGGCAAACCAUCACGUUAUGCACGAUGCCGAGUACGGAUACCCCACAUUCAGAAGAAAACCAUGGAGUUUUCUGCCCACCAAUCAACCAAAGGCUCAAAAACAUUAUGUCUUUUGAUUCUGACGAGGACAGUUGCCACGGUUCCGAACCGCCGCCCGAUGUCCCAAAGGGAUAUUUAGCAGUUUACGUCGGACCAGAGCUUCGAAGGUUUAUCAUCCCGACAAGCUACCUCAGCCAUCCUGUCUUCACUAUUCUGCUGGAGAAGGCUGAGGAGGAAUUCGGGUACGAUCACAACGGUGGACUUACGCUCCCUUGUGAGAUCGAGACCUUCAAGUAUCUUCUCAAGUGCAUAGAGAACCAUCCAAACAAUCACCCUGUUGGCAGCUCAGUUUCUGAACAGCUGGAGAUUCAUUAAAUACUGGUCAUGGACUUUUGGGGUUGAAGCAAUUUCACUUUGUAAGCAAUUUUUUUUUCUCUUUUGUUAAUUGAUGAACAAUACUAAAGUUUUAGGAAGAAAAUUGUUCAGGUGUCUAAGAGGGGGGAAUGUAACCUCUCUGUCCGUAUCGGAAUGUGACUGUUAUCUUACGUUUGGUCAGUAAUAAGAUACUUCCGUCGAUGCCGAGAUGGGUAGAUGCUUCUAUGACUUUAGCAGGCAGUGUUGUGGUUGUAUGUAAUCACUGUUUUGUCUCCAAAUGUUGGAUUCUAAAAUGAUGUUGUGGGUUUAAUUUCUGGCAAAA